AUGCGGAGGACAGAAUUGAUUGGCGAAGACAAGCAAGAUGAUGAUGCUCCGGAUUCCAAUGACGGUGACGAACUCCUACGGCAGGCGCUUUCAGAAAUAGAGCCGCUGCCGGACCCCAUGGAGGACAUGGAGCGCGAACGCGAUCAGUUCAGGGCUCUGGCCCAGCGCGCCCAGGCAGACCUCGUGAACUACAGGCGUCGCGUCGCCGAAGAACGCCAGGAACUACAGCGCAACGCUAACUCAAGCCUGAUACUGAAGUUUCUGGGCGUCGUCGACGACUUCGAGCGGGCAAUUGCAAUGCUCCCUGUGGACGCUGCGGGAUGGCAGGAAGGGCUGAUGCUGGUAAAGCGCAAUCUCGACAACCUGCUGGAGUCUGAGGGCGUCAGCAAAAUCGAGGCGGCAGGCAAGCCCUUCGACCCGUGGGAACAUGAAGCUGUCCACUAUUUGGAGACUCCGGACGCAGAUGACGGCACUAUUAUCGAAGUGUUCCGCGACGGCUACCGGCUGCACGACAAGGUAUUGCGCGCGUCGCAGGUCAUCGUGGCAAAGGCUCCGACGGUAGCGCAUGCGGAUUCAGAUAGCCCACUUAACUCAUAA